AUGGGUAAACUUAUUUGGAGUCAAUGGGCUAGAUUGAUUGCUCUUACUGCCGGUGUUUUUGAAACUAUCGGUGGUAUAUUUGGUUUGUUCUAUCGCAUUUCUACGUUUGAACCCGUAACAAA